GAAAAGAAAAAGAUUAGACUGACCUCAAAACAGGUGCCUACCAAAAAAUAAAAUAAAAAAAUCAUUAUUUUUAUAACCAAAAAGCCAAGAAGCUCACAAAAUUACCAGCAAAAUGAAUGGAUACACAGAUAUAACCAAAUUGGAUACACGAAGCUGUUUGCGCCGCAUAGCCCGUCAUGAUGAACUACAAUUUUCAAAAGACAGUAUUGUCAAUGUUAUGGAGAAGUUUGUGAAGACGGUUAAUGUCAUGGAUGAAACAAUAUUAGUUCCAUGCAGGCUCAUGGACCGACAGGUGGGUGAUAGUACUGAUAUUAUACCAACUCCUGGCAAAGAUGUGACCUCCAACCAGCACACACUUCUACCAAAUGCCAAUGGCAAACGCAAAAAUGUCAACUCGAAAAACGUUCAUGAAUUCCUACAUUCUUCAGAGCUAUCGAAUCUCUACAAUGUUUUGAACGCUUUGAAAAACGACCUCUUGUGGACGGGCAAAGAUGAUUCUGAGGAUGAUUUGGAUGAACAAAUGAACAGUUGUUUGCACAUCAGUGAAACGUCGAAGACUGAAAAUAUUUGCAAUGCCGCCGCCGCCGCCAAUGCCAGCAACAGCACCUCGUCUAAAGGCCACAACAGACGCCCUUCAACCGCUUCAAUGGCCUCCAUUGCCUCCGUUAGUCAAUUGAGCGAUUCGGAAAGUGAUAUCUCCAAUGAAAAUGAUUCUGGCGUUGAAUCGGAGAGCAAUAAGAACGGCAGCGACGCCAACAGCAGCAGCAGCAGUGAAGAUGGUCAUGUACAAAAGAAAUCAGCCAAUGUUGACAAAGCCACCGAAUUGGCCAAACGCUGCCGAAGACAUUUGAAUGGCUUGUAUCAGUGCCUGGAACAAAUGACAGAAGCCGCCAACUACUUGACUGCACGGUACCAAAGUGAUAUUGGUGGUAGCGUGUAGGAUUUGGUUGAGGGCUGUAAAACAUCACCAUCAUCAUAAUCAUCGUGGGAACCACAC